AUGGUGAGGGUGUUGGUGCGGGAAGGGGGGGCGGAUGUGGAUGCGGUGUUUGAGGUGGCUGAGACGGGGGAGAGGGAGGGGAAGGGGUCGACGCGCGGAAUGGAGGGGGGGUUGAAGGGGUUGAGGGGGAAGACGAGGAGGAGUGUGUCGGGCGAGAGUCUGAGGAGAGAGAAAGGGCCGAGGCAUCCGGUUUCGGCGCUGCAUCUUGCUUAUAACAACUACGCUUGUGCGCAGGUAUUGUUGGAGUGUGGUGCUAACGUUGGGGCGAGGGACGGGUAUGGCCGGACACCGCUUUACUGGGCAGCUGAGGCUGGCCAGGCGGAUGUUGUGCGGUUGCUCAUCGGGGCAGGGGCGGAUGUGAACGCCGCUUCUGACGACGGGGUUACACCGCUGAGCGCAGUGGUAGCGUCGUUCGAGAAUGAACAGGGCAGCCACGGACACACCGAAACCCUGAGGCUGUUGUUGCAAGGGGGAGCGCCGUCCAAGUCUGGGUCUCACUCCCAAGACGAAGGGUUAUGGAGGGAGAAACUGGCCGCUUUUAUAAUGUGGCAUGAAAUGAGAGAGGGCUUUUCGGAGGACGAAGGUGUUGUUCUAGGCGAGAAGUAUCUUAUUGACACCGUCGCGCCAGCACGGAAAGGGGUUGUGAUCAGGGCUCAGAUAUUGCCGGGUGGUGUGCCGCCAGCCGUGUUUGUAUUUGGCUGCCCGCGGCCAAUGGAUAUCGACCACACUCCCGAUGCUGCCGUGGUCAGUGCCCAUGCGUUGGCAGGGAGGCACUCGAUGGCUUCGUCACUUCGGCAUGCAAUUCUUCUCACCGGUCGGGCUAGCGAGCCGAACGACUGGCUCGGGCCGGUGGAGGUUGCAACACAAACCGCGCAAGCCGCCGUCUCAGUUUCCUGGUCCAGUCCAGAUGUUCUGCUGCAAGCCCACCCCCAUGCCACCCGCAGAUUGCCCACAGGAGACCUGCAGAAUCGUCCUGCGUCAGUGCGUCUGGUACGGCACUUCCAGGUCGUCCUCAUCUCGGACCUGAGGAAAUCCACGGGGGAACCAGGGCCCUCAAGCUACAAUUCGUUGGCCGAGGCCACGAACCAAGGUACACCCAGAGAUACCCCCCCUCCCCCCUGGUUGAGUGAUGGUCCAAUCCCUGUGAUGUCCGCGCGUGGCGCAACCUAUGUGGGUUGGACCUUGGCGAACCUUCGUGCUGUUGGUCUCCACGCCGCAGAGGUGCAUGACAGUGGUCGGGGAGAGGAGGGUUUGAUGCCUGACAGUUACGCGACACACUCCAGGAAAGGGCUAGAAGGACAACUUGCUUUCGUACUAGGUUUAGUUGGAUAA